AUGACUAUAACAAUGCACUUAGGAGUGAUAUUUUGUCUGGUGGUUGGUGUAGUCUGUUCUGCAGUGGUGGAUCAGAAACUGUCCAGGAACAGCAGCUGGACUGGGAAGCUGUUAGUGGUGCCCAUGGAUGGAAGUCACUGGACUGGUGUGAAGGCCGUGGCAGAAGAAAUGGGAUGCAGAGGACACACUGUUAUUGUAGUGAUUCCAGAGAUCAGCAUGCGCUUGGGUCCAGGAAAACACUACAUCACAAAGAAGUUUCCGGUCAAGUACAAGCUAGAUUUACUUAACCAGAUGAUAGCGAAACAUGUUAAUGAAUUGUCAGCUCCAGAGCAAUCCUUUUUGAAGAGUGUGACUUCAAAUAUCUACCAUUUAGGAAAGGUUGUUGACUAUUUCAUCUCUACAACUGAGAGUCUGUUCCAGGAACAGGAGCUUAUAGAGUUUCUGAGAGAUCAAAACUUUGAUGCUGUUUUAACUGAUCCUGCUAUGCCAAUGGGGGCCAUCUUGGCAUAUAACUUAUCCGUACCUGCAGUGUACAUGCUAAGAGGAUUGAUGUGUGAAUCUAAAGCUACAGCCUGUCCAGACCCUCCUUCAUACAUCCCACGUUUCUUCACACAAAACUCAGACCACAUGAAUUUUGGUGAGCGUGUAAUGAAUACACUUGCAAGUUUGAUGGAACCACUGAUGUGUGGAUUUAUGUUUAGUACCUUUGAGGAAGUGACGUCCAAAUUUCUGCAGAGAGAUGUAAGCCUGACUGAGAUCCUGAGCACUGGAGCUGUUUGGUUGAUGCGUUAUGAUUUCACCCUGGAGUUCCCCAAACCCCUAAUGCCCAACAUGAUUAACAUAGGAGGAAUUAACUGUGAGGUUAAGAACCCACUGACAAAGGUGAGCAUCACAAUUCUACACGUAUAA